AUGUGGUGCCUUGUGUGUGGUUGGUGGUUAUCAGACGCAAACAGCCAGGCGCUUUUACCAACCAUUGCUGUGCAGGAUCUGGACCAUUUCAGAAUUAACAGGAAUUUGAAGAGUUAUCUAGAUGUGAUAGAAGUCUUCAUAGAGCCCGCAUCAGUAUCAUGCGAAGAUGUACCUUUGUUAGUUCUUGUGACGUCUUCGCCCACUCACUUUGAACAAAGAAGCGCAAUAAGAAGGACAUGGGGACCAUAUUUAGUCCACAUACUUCAUUUUAGGAUUAAAUGUACGCUCUGCGGAGAGUUUAGAUAUAUUUUUAUUCUGAAAACUCAUGCAGAAUACUACGCAGAAGCAAAACAAUAUAGUGACAUAAUUAUUUACAAUUUCCAAGACCACUAUCAGAAUCUGACCCUGAAGACAGGUCUCAUACUGCAGUGGACCGUCAGAAGGUGUUCCCCACGGAUGCUGUUCAAGACUGAUGAUGAUAUCUUUAUUAACCCUUGGAUGAUGAAUCGGCUGUUGCAGGAAUAUAGUGGGACAGACCUUGUGGGUAAAGUUCUGAGCUGUAAUGUAUUGCGGGAUCGCUAUCACAAGUGGUUCUUGCUGCGCUGGCUGUAUCCGAGCGACUCCGUGUCCGAAUAUCUCUCAGGGGCAGGGUAUCUUAUCAAUGGUCUGCAGCUUCUUCUUUCCGACCUGGUAGUAGACUCA